GGCAUUGGGACUGGGACCGGGGCCAGCGCGGCGCAAGGGGGCGGGACUGGCAGCAAUAGCGGGACAUCGGACGGGGCUGGGAGCAGAACCAGCUGCGGACCCCCCAUGGCAGAAAGCGACGACCCCGCCCGCCGGGACCCCGCCCCCACUGGCCCCCGCACCCAGCCCUGCCGGCCCGUGCCGAGGGUCCACGCCUUUGGAAAGGGGGAGCAGGCGCUGCGGAGGGACCCCCGCACCCCCCCCGCCAUGCAGGGCUGGCUGCACAAGCAGGACAGCUCGGGGCUGCGGCUCUGGAAGCGCCGCUGGUUUGUACUGGUGGAUCUCUGCCUCUACUACUACCGGGACAGCAGCGAGCAGCAAGUGCGGGGCGGCCUCCCCCUGCCCGGCUACGAGAUCCGCGUGCUGCCCGCCGCCCCCCGCGCCCCCCGCGCCCCCCAGUUCCUCUUCACGGCCGAACACGCCGGGAUGCGAACGUACUGCCUGGGGGCUGAGACCCCCGAGGAGCUGCACGCCUGGGUCUGUGCCCUGCGCCGGGGGGCAUCGCCCCUGCCCGGCUCGGCCCGCUCCCUCUCCCAGCAGGCACUCCAGGAACCCCGGGGUGCGGAUCUUCCCUCGCCCCCAUUGCCCAUGCACUCCCCCGGUGAGGGGCUCGGGGGCCCACCCGCGCCCCCUCCUUGCUGCCCCCCAGUCCCUCCACUGCCCCAGAGCGAGGCGCCCCAAGCCCAGGAGGAGCCCCGGGGGCGGGGAUGUCCCCCCAGGGCCGGGGACACGCCGGGGGCGCCGCGGGGACGCCCCGAGCCCGCAGAGCGGAGCCCGAGGAAGCCCCGCCCCCUUGGAGCAGAGCCUCAGCCCCCGCCGGAGCGAGACAUCGGGACCAAUCAGCCACCGACCUCUCCAGACGCCUCUUCUGAUUGGCUGCCGAGCGCCGCCGGGCCCGCGGGCACCGCCCCCACUCCGGCAUCCAAUGAGGCGUCGCGGCGGCGGCGGCGGGAGGGGGCGGGUGGGCGUGUCCGGGCGCGCGAAGGUGUGGCCGGGCGGCCAAUCAGAAUCACGCUGCUGCAGGCCAGCUUCUGA